CGCAUGACCUCAGUCGCCGGCGUCGGAGAUCCCCAAACUCGUAGCGCGAGCAGCUCGGCGGACGUUUCCGCGCCGCAGUUCCACAACACUGGGCCGGCGCCUGUUCGUCCCGUGCGCUUGCUCGCCGCUUGCUUGUGUCUGUGCAGACCCAUCCGUGCGCCACUUUCGCUUGCGCGGUGGCCGUGUAGCAGUGUAGCUGCUCUCUCCGACGACGCUUUCCCGUGUGCAAGUGUCAGACGGUAGGACGCAGCAAGAAAAAGGCAUCGUGCCCGGAACAAGCAAAAGGCAGCUAGCUAGAGCCGACGCGGUGGUGUACAACCACUACGGCUCCUUACGACUACCAAUCGCCCCGCCACUAGCCGCGUCGCUUCGCCGCCUGCCCUCGCUCUCGGCGUGCUUCUCCAGCCCAGUGGUUGUCUGCCUGCAUGUCUGUGCGUGACGCUGUGCCAAGGUAGUUUUUGGAACAACACUCCGGCUGCUUCUAUUUUUGCGGUGUUCAACCCCAGCCUUCGGCUCACGUCUCGCGCGCGGCCCCAACUCCUACGCCGACGACACCUCGGAACGAUCCGCGAUGGAGGAUCUGGACGCCCUGCUUGCCGAUCUGCAGCAGACGACGGCGAGUCUGAGUAACGGCUCGUCGCCUCUGUAUUCGAGCAUAAACAGGCCAGGAGUUCUCGGGAAAGACCACAACAUGAGCCACACCGUUACCACAGAGCGCUACGACUACAAACCCUCAUCUGAAAAAACGUCGCCCAUCUACCAGAACCAGUACAUUGUGCGCGAAGUCACAACUACAACUACGAAUCGAACCGCGUCGCCGUCGCCGCCGUCGUCGCUGCGCAGCCGGGGCCUGUUGGAUGGGGCAGCCAGUCCGCCGACUCCAAGGCGCUCACCCAUCUCCAACAAUCUUUCGGAGCUGGACAACCUCUUGGAAGACCUCAACACAGCCAAGUUCCCACAUGCAGUCACACCUUCGCCUCCGAUGUCAAGAAGUAGAGUCACUGAGGUCACCACAACUCGUGAGGUCUCACAUGUGCCAAAUGGGAGGUCCCUCUCACCAUCAUCGCCAGUGCGGUAUCGGCCACCCUCAUCACCACGUUCUUAUGAGAUGGAACCUGCGAUGGAGAACCUACUCGACGACCUUCAAAACGCCGUUCCGCAGCCAAGUCGAGGAGUUCCAAGGACACCACAGAGUCCCAAGGCACAACGUAGCUAUGGCACCCCAACUCCAACUGCAUCGUCUGCAACGAAGGAACUUGAUGACUUGAUGGCAUCACUGUCAGAUUUCAAUCUGAACGGGCCACAGGCUCAGUCGCCCAUCCAGUCCCAGCAGCGGCAGCAGCUGCACGGCUCUCCCACGCCCGUGAGCGACCCGGCGUACGCCAAGCCCCACCGGCUGAACCGGCCCAACCAGCCACCUGGCAACAAGCUGGAUUCCAUGUUGGGAACCCUGCAGUCGGACCUCACAAAACAGGGGGUCACCACGACUGCCAAGGGCCACUGCUCCGCAUGCUCUAAGCCAAUUGUCGGCCAGGUGGUCACUGCCCUGGGCCGCACGUGGCACCCUGAGCACUUUGUGUGCGCUCAUUGCAACCAGGAGCUGGGUACCAAGAACUUCUUCGAGCGGGACAAUGAACCGUACUGCGAGACAGACUACCACAACAUCUUCUCCCCUCGAUGCGCCUACUGCAACGGCCCCAUCCUGGAUAAAUGUGUAACUGCCCUGGACAAGACAUGGCACCCGGAGCACUUCUUCUGCGCCCACUGCGGGAUGCAGUUUGGCGAGGGAGGCUUCCAUGAGAAGGACGGCAAACCUUACUGCCGCGACGACUACUUCGAGCUGUUCGCACCCAAGUGUGGCGGCUGCAACAGGCCAAUCACCGAGAACUACAUCUCGGCCCUGAAUGGCCAGUGGCAUCCCGACUGCUUUGUCUGCCGUGACUGCAGGCAACCAUUCAAUGGCGGCAGCUUCUAUGACCACGAGGGGCAGCCCUUCUGCGAGACACACUAUCACGCCAAGCGGGGCUCGCUGUGUGCGGGCUGCCACAAGCCCAUCACUGGCCGCUGCAUCACAGCCAUGUUUCGCAAGUACCACCCCGAGCACUUUGUCUGCGCCUUCUGCCUCGGCCAGCUGAACAAAGGCACCUUCAAGGAACAGAACGACAAGCCCUACUGCCAUGCCUGCUUCGAAAAGCUCUUUGGCUGAUGGCGCCUCCCCUAUCCCAAGACCUGUGCGCCAAGGGCGCCGCUGUUGCUGCUGCUGAACACUGCAGUCGGCAACAACCUAAGAACACAGUAGCAAGUACACCGUUGUUCAACUCGGAAGAGGAUUUAUAGGGAUGUGCCACCCAAUUACGUUCUCUGAUUUCGGCGACGUACUGCCGAGGCAGACAUUCGACAUCCAACUGCUGUGGUGGCUUGGUGGCUAUGAAUUUUUGUGCUGCCGAGCACGAGGUCGCGGGCUCGAUUCGCGACCGCAUUCCGAUGGGGGCGGAAUGCAAAAGCACCCACACAAUUCGAUCCAGGUGCACGUUAAAAGAACCCCAGGUGAUCCAGUUAAUCUGGAGCCCCCAACUACAGUGUCUCUCCAGGCUUGUUUGUUGCUUUGGGAUGUUACACUUUGCAAUUUUGUUUUGUUUGCUUUUUUCAGUGCCCAUGGCAUCUCUCUGGAAACCAUGCAUUUGAGUGUGGAAGUGCGGAGGGCAGGUUCGGCGCCGUCUUUGUUGGUGGAGCUUGUACUGAAUUGUCACUGAGUGUAUACAGGAAGCUAGUGCAUGACUUCUGCUUGGACUGAGCGAAAAAUCUUGUCUACUCAGGCCCAGUUUGUUGAGAGCUUUCCAUUUUGGAAAGGGUGAUGCCAGUUGGAAUUGGCACUGCCACGGAAUACCCAUUUGCAAACUGACAGCGUGUUCUUAUGGUAUGUCUCAAUGUGUAAAAUCAUGCCAGAAUGAAACACCCAACUGGAACAAACAAAGGAGAAUCCCAUGUACGCAUUUACAAGUUGCAACAUGUGGUUGUGGUGUAACUGAAUGCUAAGAAUGCACCAGUGACACGCACACCACACUGGCCAUUAGCUUUCUUGUGUUCACUUUUAGGUGUGGCACAAUGGAACCAUAGCUGGCCUUUUGCUCCGCACACGUUUUCACUAAAGUUCCAUGUGCUAAUGUAAUAACAACUAUUGUUGGAAUGGUGUGUACGGCACCUUAGAAUGACAUAAAAGGGCAUGAAACAAUGCAAACAUGCAAAAGAGAUGAGGGCUACAACUCGGCAACAAUUUUGCGUGUUGUGUUCAGCAGCAGCAGCAGCAGCAUCAAGUUACACGACUGCAGAAAGUGGCUCGGUACUUCCAUGCAACUUUUUCUGCAAAUGUUAAGUUUUUAGCUGGACUUUUCUUCUUCUUUUUCUUUUUCGCAGUGAUUGUUCUGUUUCAUACUGUCAACUGAUUAAUAAGUGAGUGUAUAGUAGCUCUUCUUCGGGGCUAUAUAGGGCUCGCACCUCACAACCAACUUGCAACAAAUAGGGAAAAGCCAUGUCGCUACUGCAAGCUCCUGUCCACUUCUCAAAUUUCAAGAGUGUUUUUGUCCACCUGUAUAAAUUGUGCAGCCAGCUUGACUAGUCCUACUAGGCCUAGGACUUCUUUUCGUAACUGCUGGCCAACUGUUUUAAUCGUGCCGUGAGUGCCGUUUACAGACUGGAAGAAUACGCUUUGCAAGGUAUAUUUCUGCCACCUAACCAAACCAGUGCGACAAAAAAAGCACAUGGGAAGAGGCUUGUGGCAAGUUUGCCUACCUGUUGGAGAACACUUGUAUAUGUUGUUAAGAUGAAGCCUUCAGUGUAGGCAAGGCAUUAGACGGUUGCAUUGCGCUGGCUCUGUGCUUGGUGACCUGAAAUUUUAGAUACUUUUAGAAAACAAUAUCACAUUUUAGCUAAGCAUUUCUUGACAGGCAUGGAGCUGCUUGAUGUUUUUGCUGUUGGUGUUUUAAAUGUGGCAGUUUUCUUAUGACAAUUCUUUAUCCUCCCCCAUCAUGUACAUGUACAAUGCAUUACUCAAUUAUUCCCUAGCUAGACGCUUGUUGUAAAGAGCUCUUCUGCCUGAACUGUCAUGUUAUUGGUGUCUUAGUUGCACUUAAUGCAGCCUUCGGCAAAUGUUUUGUGAUGCCUGUCAUUUAUUUUACAUCUCAUCAUGUUUGGUCAGGAGAGCCCCUAAUGCAGGAAUCACAUGCGAGCCGUACAUUGACAUUGUAUGGAUGGCAUGCCAGUAUGUAUCUCUCUGCUGUGAGCAAUGUAACUGAGCUUCAAAGUAGCAAGAUACUUCUGAAAAAAUUUCAAUUUGCGCCACAGCCACGCUACAAUGGCAAGCAAAGAACACACAAAUGACAAGAAUUCACGUGAUUUCUGGUUGCACAUUUCUAGGAUGAAUGAUAACAUGUUACAGCUUUAUACUGGGAAAAAGAAGGGACGGGACUUCUCAACAGAGAAAGCUAGAGUUAAAGGGACAAGAUAAUUUAACAGCUUUACUUAAUCUACAACCCAUUCAAAUCUUUUGGGCCUUUGUUUAGGGCAGAAGUACCACUGUGCUGUUAUUGCCAUCCCAGCCCUUUUAUCACAAUGCAUGAUCGAAAUGUAAUAAGUGUUGAAUGAAAAGAACUGCAUUACACUAGAAAAUGUGACAGUGCAAAAGAAAAGCCUAUCUGUACUCGACAUUAUCAAAGUUGAUGACACAAAUUUCCACAUUUUCAUUAACUUAUAAUGAGAAACAUUUUUGUACCUCAUGAGGCGGGUACAGUAGUACUAGCCCGUUAUAGGAACUCCGGAUAUAGUAAAGUUAUGUGCCAGCCUCUGUCAAUUUAUUAUGCCUUCAACAGCAAAUAAGAAAAUUCUUAAUGUUUUUAACAGCCAUGCCCAAUAAACCCAAUUCAGUAAACUAUAAUGGCACUCUUGGUACUGUUUCUAGCCUGAUCUGCUCUCUCAGAGUGACUGCAGGGUUGAAAUCCAAAAUUUGGCAGUUGCAUAUCAACGCAACCCUAUGCCUGGAGAGGUCUUCUGGUGGACCUACCUCUGAGAUGCCAUCACUCAAUAAGUUUGCACCUUGCCACAAUGAACAGUUUUACUGAACGUGGAGGGAUCCGUUUUCAGCUAUCUCAGUGAAAAAAAGGCUUUGGCAUAUAUUGGCUUUUGUAAAGUAAAGGUCCUGGUAUGGCAAACAUUUUACUGUAUUCUGACCAGUUCACUAUAACAAGUGGUCCUACUGUAUCAUCUAGUGCUGCGUCAUACUGUGCCAACGAAUUCUACACUUCCAUAAAUGUAUACUGCUCAUGUUUCUAUCGCAACGAAAGCAUAGCUCAGUUGGUGUUUGACGUCAAUGACACUGAAGGCUCACGUACUGGCAAAGCUGCACGACGCACUACUCUCAUUUUUUGGGUUGUUGGCUGGUACCUGAGAUUUUCUUUCGUUCUUUAGCAUAGAGCUUCAUCUUGUAGUUUCUGCUACAGCGAGUGUUAGCGCGCACCUCGAAAAGGUUGUGGUCUGUGUUGGGCACAAAUGACCCCAAUUUCAUGACAAAACACUGUGAAGUGCAUCCUACUGCAUAGGUGAUAAUUUUUUGGCAGCCGCAUACACACGGAAGACAUUUUUUUACACUUGUGCAGCAACUCCAGCUAUUGCGAGGAGUCCUUGUGCACCAGAGACUCGUUUACCGUCGGUCAUUUGGUGUGUUGAUUGUACUGUAGUGCCCUCGUGUUGCAUGUUUUAUUAGCAACGACAGUGAGAUCACAUGUAGAAACAUCCGCACUUCUGUAAAGAAUGUUCAAGCAAUGCGCUCCAGGCCAGAUAAAGCAUAAGACUGUACUGCCUGCUGGGUUCAAGGUACCAGGCUCGAGAUAAUGCACCUGUGUCCACGUGGCCGCUCUUUUACCGAGACGCCAUCGUGGUACCCAGCUUCUGCACCUAAGUGUUACUGUUCUUGUUACACAGCACAGUGCUCAAGCAUUCUAGACAGAUUUGUGGAUGUCUGUACCAGUUACCCAACCCAGCUCACUGCCGUGUAUUUUGGCAGUGUGUGCUUUUUAACUUCGCCACUCACACAUCCGUGAGAUGCGUACAACCUUCUUGGCAACUGCGCUAUACCCUCGUACUUGGAGUUAUGACAAUAUUUUAGUCUGGGGUAUCUAUCAAUCUUUUUAUACACAUAUAUAUAUAUAUAUAUAUUACUGUGGGAUGAUGCUCUAAGGCUGUGGGUUAGUUUUUUUUUUUUCAUUCGUAUAAUAGCAAUAUGCUUUAAUAAUAUUCCUGACAGAGAGUGCUUAUCAGUGCUUUUCUCCAUCAUAAAGUCAUCCAUGAAUGUAGAAGUUGCUAAGUCAUGUUGAAAUUGUGUAAUGAGGGUUGAGCAGACUUUGUGUGUGUGUGCAUCUUUGAUAAUGCACAAAAUGACGUGCAAUUUCUAGUGCCGCCAGCUCUGUAUACAGUGUUCGUUUUGUUUUCUUUCGUCAGAAGCUGCUACCACCUUCACAUUGUGUCUGUAAUAUCAAGGCCUAACAAAGAAUGCCUUUGUUUGUUA